AUGCGCGUCCCUUGUUGCAAAAAACGCAGCACGGAUAUACCUCCGCCUUACGAAAACCUCAUUCCCAAUGAUACGUCAGGAUCACCAUCCACUCAGACCUCUGACAGCUGCUCAUCAUCCAACGGGUCCUACGGCGGACCUACCAAGCUAUUGCAAGAAGAUAAGGAACCAUGGCUUGACAAGAAGCAAGUGGAAGAAGCGCUCCAGUUAUUGAAUAUUGCUGCAGACAUGGAAAAGACAGGUCAUCAACAAUGCAUCGCGCUCGAGUUGUAUCUCUUUGGAUUGGAAAAACUAUUGUCAGCCUUGCCUUUGAGUACCAAUGAUUCAGUAAAAUCCGCCGUGGAACACAAGUUGUCGAUGUUCAUUGAUCAAUAUCAAUUGAAAUUAUCAGCAUGCGCCCACGGCCUCGAUAGUGAUGACCAUGAAUCGUGGACCAGCGACGAUCCGAUGAGCCUUUCCGAAAUAUUCGUCAAAGCCGCCGUGUCCAGCGCAGUCUGCCUCAAAAAGAGCCCCAUCCCUCAUCUUGUCACUGCCGUCCUGGGACAUAUUAUCGCGAUGUUGCAAUACAUUGAUCAUACCUGUCGUAUUCGAAAGCAUUCGUGGCAGCUGGCUUCGUAUGGUGUUUACACCGCGAUCCGAAUUGAUCAGCAGUGGCAGAUCCACCAGAAAGUAUGCCGUCUAAUGUACACAGGCUCGGCCGCCUUUCUCAAGGCCGUGUUGGCAUACACCGAAGCCCCGGGCUAUCGUGAAACCAAAAAAAGCUCUUCUCAACUAGCAUAA